AUGGGAAUAGAUCUUGAACUAUCUUCUGUUGAACAUGAUAAUAAAUGCGAGGAACAAAACGCAGUUAGUAAUGCUGUGGAUUGUCAGGAAAAUGUGAAUAGUAUUGGAGUGGGUGGAAAUAUGGUUGAUGCUGUAGAUGGAGGGCAUGAUAGGGAUGGAAAGAUUCUUAAUUCCCCUAAAAUGGAUGUUAUACGGGUUGAAGGGGACACUGAUUUUGAGCCACGUAAUGGCAUUGAAUUUGAAUCACACGAGGCAGCAUAUUCAUUUUAUCAAGAGUAUGCCAAGUCUAUGGGAUUCACCACCUCGAUAAAAAACAGUCGGCGCUCAAAGAAAUCAAAAGAAUUUAUUGAUGCCAAAUUUGCAUGUUCUAGAUAUGGGGUCACUCCAGAAUCAGAUAGUGGUAGUAGUAGCCGACGGCCAAGUGUAAAGAAGACAGACUGCAAAGCCAGCAUGCAUGUGAAGAGAAGGCCAGAUGGGAAAUGGGUAAUUCAUGAGUUUAUAAAGGAGCAUAAUCAUGAGCUUUUACCAGCUCUAGCAUAUCAUUUUCGAAUUCAUAGGAAUGUAAAGUUAGCUGAAAAGAAUAAUAUUGACAUUUUACAAGCUGUAAGUGAACGGACAAGAAAGAUGUAUGUUGAAAUGUCUAGACAAUGUGGUGGGUAUCGAGAUGUUGGGUUUCUUAGGAAUGAAAUACCUUCUCAGUUUGAUAAAGGGCGGUACCUGGCUCUAGAUGAGGGGGAUGCCCAAGUCAUACUUGAGUAUUUUAAGCACAUCCAGAAGGAUAAUCCUAACUUCUUCUAUGCAUUAGACCUGAAUGAAGAGCAGCGCCUAAGAAAUUUGUUUUGGGUUGAUGCCAAAAGUAGGAAUGACUACAUCCAUUUCAGUGAUGUUGUAUCAUUUGAUACUACUUAUGUAAAAAGCAACGAUAAAAUGCCAUUUGCGCUUUUUAUUGGGGCAAACCAUCACUUCCAAUCCAUGUUGCUUGGAUGUGCGUUGAUUGCAGAUGAGACCAAACCAACAUUCGUUUGGUUAAUGAAAACUUGGCUUAGAGCAAUGGGUGGGCAGGCUCCUAAAGUGAUAAUAACUGAUCACGACAGAACUUUGAAGGCAGCUACUGAAGAAGUCUUUCCAAAUGCACGUCAUUGCUUUGCUCUUUGGCACGUAUUGGAAAAAAUCCCUGAAGUUCUCACUCCUGUAAUCAAACGACAUGAAAAUUUUAUGGCGAAAUUCAACAAGUGCAUCUUUAAGUCAUGGACAGAUGAUAAGUUUGAUAUGAGAUGGUGGAAAAUGGUCAGUAGGUUUGAACUUCAAGAGGAUGGAUGGUUUCAGUCAUUAUAUGAAGAUCGUAAAAAGUGGGUACCAACUUUUAUGGGGGAUACUUUUUUGGCAGGCAUGUCUACAGCUCAGCGCUCUGAAAGUAUAAACUCUUUCUUCGACAAAUACAUUCAUAAGAAGAUUACCCUGAAAGAGUUUGUGAAGCAGUAUGGAUUAAUUCUACAAAAUAGGUACGAAGAGGAAGCAAUAGCAGAUUUCGAUACAUGGCACAAACAGCCUGCAUUGAAAUCUCCUUCACCCUGGGAAAAACAGAUGUCAACUGUUUACACACAUGCAAUAUUCAAGAAAUUCCAAGUUGAGGUUUUGGGUGUAGUUGGGUGCCAUCCCAGCAGAGAAAUUGAAGAUGGAGCGAAUAUGACGUUUAGAGUUGUGGACUGUGAAAAGAACGAAACUUUUAUGGUGUCAUGGAAAGAAGUGAAGGCAGAGGUUUCUUGUUUAUGUCGUUCUUUUGAAUACAAAGGCUUUCUUUGUAGACAUGCAAUGAUUGUUCUCCAAAUUUGUGGCCUUUCUAGUAUCCCAGCUCAGUAUAUUCUAAAGAGGUGGACAAAAGAUGCAAAGAACCAGCCAUCAACAGUUGAAGGAACGGAACGCAUACAAACUAGGGUGCAACGUUACAAUGAUUUAUGUAAACGAGCCAUUGAGUUGGGUGAAGAAGGAUCUUUGUCUCAAGAGAGCUACAGUAUUGCAUUCCGAACGCUGGUAGAAGCCCUGAAAAAUUGUGUGAAUGUGAAUAAUUCAAAUAACAGUGCUGUAGAAUUUAUCAGCAAUGCUCAUGGUCCUCGUGACAUGGAAGAAGAGAAUCAGGGAAGCCUUGGAACCAAAACAAGUAAGAAGAAGAUGGCAAGCAGGAAAAGGAAGGGACAAUCAGAGCCUGGUGUUAUAAUUCCCGAGGCACAAGAUAGCUUGCAGCAAAUGGGAAAUCUAAGCUCAGAUGGAAUAACUCUUAAUGGCUUUUAUGGAUCCCAACAGAAUGUGCAAGGACUGGUGCAAUUGAACUUAAUGGAGCCUCCUCAUGAUGGUUACUAUGUUAAUCAGCAGGGCAUGCAGGGGCUGGGACAACUAAAUGCAGUAGCACCCAGCCAUGACGGGUUCUUUGGGACUCAACCAAGCAUGCAUGGCCUGGGGCAUCUGGAUUUUCGACCACCAACUAGCUUUGGUUACAGCAUGCAGGAUGAGCACAGCCUGAGAUCCACACAGUUGCAUGGAGAUGCUUCAAGACAUGCAUGAAGAUGAACUGCACCACCCAAUAACCUGAACAACAGCAGUUGCCCCCCCUAAAGACAGCAACAGCAAUCAGAAAGCAAUCUGGGUUGAUCUUGGUCAUGGUUUCAGGAUCCUCGACUGCUCUUUUUCCCAGAGCAGAAGAAUAUCCUCACCUUCCCUUUGUUGUAUUGUCUAAUUCUUGAACUGGGAAGUUGCUUAUAGCCCUAUACUGUUAUAGACACUAAUGCUUCUUUGGCAUGUGAUGACUGAUGAGAUAGGAGAUGGAUCUGUUGGGGGAAAAAUCAUUAAAAUUUGAACAUUUCCUUUGUACUUAAAGAUGUGAAAAGAGUUGCUGCAAUAAUACCUCUGUAAAUGCUCUUGUAUUGUUAAGCUUGAGAUUCAUCUGUUGUGAUUAGGCA